UGUCAUGAACAACAUGAUAUAAGGGAGACUAAGAAAAUACAAGUAUUUUUUUUAAAUGCUGGCUAAAACUUUUAGCUUCUCCGCUGAGUAUGUCUUUAUCCCCGAGGCGUCGAGUUAAAUAGUUAAGGCGAACAAACGCGUUUCAGCUGAAAACCUGCAGCACUGGAAGAAUCAGCAUGGCCGAGCAAAGGCUGCUGUUUAUAGACAUUGAACCGAAGUCAAACAGCUCCGCUCCUGCUGAAGGCAGAGCUGAGAAACCCCUCUGGACUCGUAGUGACAACACCUUCAGAUUCAACUUCCUCCCUGACAACUCUCCAGCUCUUCAGCAGAAAACAUCUCUAUCAGACAGGACUGAGCCACCACAGAGCCAGAUAUCCUUUACCGGAGGGGGCUCUGCUUUUGCCUUCAACUUCCAAAUCCCUGGUGUUUCAUCUGUAGAAGAUAUGGAGACGGCAGAGACCCCGGACACGUCUUCCCCGGGGAGCCAACGAUGCGUCCCAGAGGAAAAGCUGCAGGAGGUUAGCUCUCCACCUGAACUGUCAGCACAAGACAAAGCGAAGAAGAAGAAGAAGAAAUCAGGGAAGAAAAAAGCCUCAGAUACCACUGAGGCACAACAGAAGCCAGCUGAGGGGAGUCAAGGAGGUGAAGACACAGAACUGAGUGCAGAGGAGCAGCUGAACAGACAGCUGGACUGGUGCAUCGAGCAGCUGGAGCUGGGAAUGAGAUCUCAGAAGGGCACACCGAAACAGAAGGAGGAGGCCUCUCGUGCCCUGAAGACUCUCCGUAGCUCAAAAGCUCCCCUGGUCAAGAAGAGGCAGGUGAUGAGAGCCAUGACUGGAGACUACAGGAAAAAAAUGGAAGAAGAGAAGAACAAGCAGUUCAAACUCAUUCAGAGUGAAAUUUCAUCAGCUCAGGUCAAAGUUGUGUCAGACUCCCCAAAAGCGCCUGUUUUCCACCGGAGAGCCAAAGUCAAAACCCAGACCCCAGCCACAGAGGAGGACCCACAGCAAGCCGAAGCCCAGAAUUCAGACCUGACGCCACAGAGUCAGGAGGAGACAUCAGGUUUUGUCUUUACUCCAUCAAAGGAAGAGUUUCGCUUCAAUUUUAUCUGAUUUUUCACCCUGAAGACAAACUUUUCACCAUGGGUUCUGUUGGACUGUGCCUGGACAGCCUGGUCUGAGCUGGACAUUCUUUGUGAUAGAAACAAUGAAAAGCAGACAAAACAAGGCCACAAAGGAGAUAAUGUGAGGAAAACUAUUACAAACAAUUCUAAUAUUCAAAACCCUUAACUCACUGCAGCUUGUACCAUAUUUCCAAAUAAAUCAUUUUGUAUUUAUGUUUGCAUUAUUAUUAUUAUUUUUUUUAUAUAUAUAAUAAAUGAUGUUCAUAUCUUUCA